AUGGGGUACUCAGAAACUCAGAAAGGUGAUGUCACUCUUAGACAAGGAGGUGAAUCAGAAGUGGAGUGUGGACCGAAAGUUGAAGGUGUUAUGCCAGAAGAUUCUGAACAAGACAUAGUAACAAGAACUACAACUUAUGCAAAAACAUGUAAAGAGCCUAAAUGGAUAGAGGCAAUGCAUGCUGAGAUACAGGCACUAACAAACAACAUAACUUGGGAACUGGUUGAUUUGCCGAAAGGAAAGUCUGCAAUUGGUUGCAGAUGGAUUUAUAAAAUGAAGUACAAGUCUACUGGGGAGGUAGAAAGAUUUAAAACAAGGUUAGUUGCUAAGGGGUACAGUCAGAAAGAGGGGAUAGAUUACAAAGAAACAUUUUUCCUUGUGGUGAAAAUGGUGACU